AUGCCAACCAGCAAACCUAAGGACAGCUUCCGGGUCGUGAAGACGGGCAAGACACUACAAGCCUUCGCGUCCAACCUAGAAAAGGCUUUGAAGGCAUCCCUUCCCUCUUCAGGGAAGCCUUACGACAGAGUCUCUGUGCUUGCCUUCCAUUGGGCCAACGAUGACAUGGGAGUCGACAAGCUGGAAACCGAGUUGCUGGGCGUGUUCCGCGACAUUUAUGGGUUUGAAACGGAAUCCUGGACGAUCCCUGUGGUUGGUAAACCUGAAAAGCAGCUGGCAAAGAAGCUUGUCAACUGGACAGAAGACCAUGGGGGGGAGCGUACCCUUCGAAUAUACAUUUACUCUGGUCAUGCUAGCUCUCAUGGUACGGUAGACCACGAGUGGUACUUCGGCGGGCAAGCGGACAGCCAUGGGAAUCUACGUGGCCCGCAAGUGGAGUGGCUGGCGACACGAACCCCAAAGAUUGUCGAGGAAGCAGACGGCGAUAUGCUUUACAUUUUCGACUGCUGUUCAGCGGGUUCGGCUGCACUCCGACCAGGCCCUGAGAUGCUGUGCGCAUCCGGAUGGCUGCAACCAGCAGAGGCUUCUCUAAAAUUUUCAUUCACCCGAGCACUGAUUGGCACUCUGAUCGACCUGAAGGGGGAAACUGAAACAGUUGGCGGGAUUUUCUCGAUUCUUUUCCGGCGCGCCUACCAGAGUCAAGUGGCCGCAUGCCCCGUUCAUGUCCUGAAAUCAGGAACCCCGAGCAUCACCUUGAUGCCGCUCAGCCGGGAGACAGCCACGCAUCAGCGAACCAAGACCCAGCAUAGGGUGCUGCUGACCGUCCAUCUGAAAGACAACAAGCCGAACCUGGAGGCCUGGCGCAAUUGGCUCUCCACCCAUUUGCCCCCGGGUAUCGUCACAGCGGACGUGAAAAUUGAAUCGGUAUUUAAGAGCUCGAGCAUCGUGGUGUUGGUAACGGUACCGGUGGAGAUCUGGACCAUGCUAGACAUGGAGGACGAGACGAUCUCGUUUGCCAGCCAUGUUUUCUCGCAUAAUAUCCUGCCGGAGCUCGAGCAGUCUCAACUUCCUAUACGGCCGUCGCCUAGUUCGCAGGGCUCGGAGAACAUGCCGCCUGCUCAUCAUUAUCAGAAGUCGCUAGGAUAA